AUGCGCAUAGACGGAGGGGCGAGAAGCGGGUGGGACGGCGGGCGGCGGUGCUUUAAAAGCGGACUCUCCUCGCCUUCCUCUCUCUCCCUCCUUCAACUCACUCGCUCCCUCCUCAACCUCCUCCCCUCUCCGCACCCCGCCAUCCUCCUCCUCCUCCUCCUCCUCCUCCGCGUUCCUCUUCUCUCUCGCCCUCCCUCCCUCCCCUUCGCCCUCCGACUCCUCGUCGAGCACCUCUCUUCCUCGUCGACGUCCUCCACGCCGCCCUCCAAGCCGGACUCGGGCGUCAACCGCCUCCGAGGUCCGCAGCGGGCGAGCAGGAUGGACGUUGUCGUCGAGGCGAUCCGGCGGACGAUUCGGUCUCUCGACCACCUUCGCCUUCGCAACGCCGAUGCCGCUGAGCUGCUACAGGACCGCAAAGCUCCUCCACCUACGACGUCGCCCGCUCACGUUGUCGGCCUCGACACGGCCAGGGACGAGCUAGGCGGUCAACAACAACAUGUAGAUAGGCUUGAGGACUCGUCUGCGGUGGAUGUUGUACGACCUUCAUUUGCCUACCCUUUCGAGCGACUCGGUUCCUCGCCGCGGGACAGCAGCAAUGCUUCGGCAGACGGCAGCGAUGCCGGACUGUGCUUCAACGGACCGAAGCCGUGGCGACGUCGUGCAGGACGACCCUCGUAA